AAUGGCUUCAUCACCUUCACAGAAUGACAUUAUGGCAUGUUCAAUUUGUUUUGAAAAAUUCAAGACACCAAGAUGUUUGCCUUGUUCACAUUUGUUUUGCCACGGUUGUCUAUCGUCCUACAUCGUGACUUCAUGUGAAUCUAAAGAGGCGCCCAUAGGGUUUUCAUGCCCUCUUUGUAGGGAAUUUAUACCAUCACAAGUGUCAACUGACAAACCAGAAAUAUGGGCUGAAAAUUUUCCAAUCUUUGAAAUGCUUGAAAAAUUUAACCAAAUAAUGGAAUCCAGAUUAUGUUCAGCAUGUCAGAGAGAAAACGAAGAAGAGGAAGCAACGGAUAUUUGUCUAACUUGUCAAGAUUUGUUAUGUGAAAUUUGUACGAAAUGCCACAGAAGAAAUCGGGCUUCAAGCGCACAUAAAAUAAUUCCCAUUAAUAAACCGGAUGCAGUUAUGGAAUUGACUAGUGAUUUGUUAAAAAAUGAAAAUUGUCAGGAGCACCCAAAUAAAAAAUUGAAGCUUUACUGCAAUGACCACAAUAAGCCAUGUUGCACUCUUUGCGUUAGCAUGGAACACAGGAAAUGUGACAGUAUCGAAGGUAUACAAAAAGUCACUGAAAGAAUAAAGAACAGCAGUAAUCUGCAAGCAUUGCAAGAAGAACUUCGAAAUUAUGAAGCAGAACUGAUAAAAGCCAAAAAGAGCCACGAAGACAAUAUUAGUGAGAUUGACAGCACUUCGGAUCUUAUUACGGAAGAGACAAAAAAUCUGAAGAGGGAAAUAAUUGAACAGUUGGACAAAUUUGAAACUGAGCAUCAGAAUGAAUUGAGCAAAGUUAUGAAGGAAAGCAGGGAGAUGUUAAACAAAAAUAUUGAUUCUCUUUCAGACAGGAUUCAGUUUACAAAGCACUGUUUGAAAUGUCUUGAGGAAGUGAAUGUAGAAACAGGUGUUUCUUUCAUGAAGGAGUAUCAUAAAAUCAAGGGGGGUUUUGAAAUGCUGAAAAAACGAAAUGAAAGCAAAAAACCCCUCAAAAUCAAAAUAAAAUCUAAUGCAGCACGAGAACUCGAACAGGUUAAAAAUGCUAUAUUUCCUUCUAAACCCCAAGUAACAAAAUCUUCGACAAUCCUAUUCACUGACUUGGACUUAUUGAACGCUGAUUUUUCUCUUCUUAAUGAUUUUGAUGAACCGGGUCUUAACAUAUGUUGUGGCACCUUCCUUUCUGAUGAAACUUUCAUUAUAGCAAGUUUCCAAUCAAGUGAAAUUGGUCUCAUUAAAUAUUCUCUAACUAACAAUAGUUUCACGCGGAUGAAAACAUUUCAAUCUUACAGUUCUCUUUUUGAUGUACUGUGUGUCGAAGAUGAAUUAUAUGUUACUGACCACACUAAUAAACAUGUAAUUGUUAUUUCAAAAAAUACCUUUGCUACUUUGCGCGAAUUUUCCAUUGAAUACAAUUUUAAGCCGUAUGGUAUGGAUUUUUGGGGGACGUUUCUAUUUGUUGCGUGUGAAACUGCCAUUUUAAAGUACGAUGUGCAAGGGAUGUUGAUUCACUCUUAUCCUGUUAACGAAAGAGUUGUAUACUUAGCUGUGAUAGACAAUGGACACAUUGUAUUUAGUAAUAGGACGACUAAUGAUGUAACUGCUAUGGACGAUCAAGGAAAUAACCUCUGGAAUUACAGCAAUCCUAAGCUUUUGGCACCACGUGGUGUUGACAAGGACGAAAAGAAUCGUAUCUAUGUUGCCGGUACAGACAGUAAUAAUGUCCAUAUAUUGUCUUCUAAUGGUACACUCAUCAGAAUAGUAGAGGACAUUCCAAAACCUGCUUUUAUGAAAGUGAAAGAGGGAAGUAACAUUUGCUAUGUGUGUAGCAAUUGGCGGAAUAUAAGAGUAUAUGAAAUGAAAUGA